GGAAGGAAGCACAGUGCUGUCAGCAGCCGCAACGCCGAGUUUACUCCACUUCGCCCCAUUCUGUGCAGAAGGGAAAAGAAAAGACAAUCCUGGAGAACUUUGAGGCGCUCUGUGGUUCGUGCUUGAGCUUGUCAGCUAGCUGCUCUUCGGUGGCAUUCUAUUUAAGCGCGGAGCACCGUUUUUAUCUGACGACACUCUUGCGUUUUUCUCGAAUCGCCUCCCCGCUUUUGUCCUCCUGAGCUUCGAGCCUCUCUUUUGCUGUCUCGCUAGGUUUCGUGGUAUUAUAUUAUGCUCACUAUCCCGCUGCUGCCGUGCGCUUUAUAAAAAAGAAGAGCUGCUCCACUCUACCUUCUUUCACUCUCCCCGAUUGUUCACCGCACGGUCCAACUCGACCUACAACCCAAGAUCUGAAAUUCCCUGAGUUACGCAUAUUCCCUGGGUGUCCUGCCGCCCUCCAUUCCAAGGAAGAGCCUUCCGCCUGCGACCGGUACUUCUCUUCCCUUCUACCACACUGUAGACUUCAUGAAUACUCCAGGAUAUCCAGAACACCAUCCGCCUCACACAGGCCUGCAAAGUUCUGAUUACGACCUCACAGUCCGUCAGAACCCCGAGCGGGCCCGUGUUGCGGGAGGAAAAGAAAAAGAGCGCAAGCCGGUAGAUCCGCCUCCAAUCAUCCAGCUUCGAGUGCGAGAUGAGAGCGACCCAUCACAUAACUACUUACAGAGCCCGUACUACUUUAUGUGCUGCGGGCUGCACCACCCAACAGAGGACCGACCUGCUCCGGUACCCGCGUCGACAGCCCUUGCGGGCACUCUUGUAUCAUCAUUACAUCGGUUAAAGGACAUAGAUAACUCGGAUGGCGGCUUUUUCGUAUUUGGCGACCUUUCUGUUAGAGUCGAGGGGGAGUUUAGGUUAAAAUUCAAUCUUUUUGAGAUGCGCAAAGACGAAGUUGUUCACAUCAAAUCCAUCCUUUCAAAGCCCUUUCAAGUUUUGCCGCCCAAGAAUUUUCCUGGAAUGACUGAAUCAACAUUUCUUUCGAGAUCAUUUGCAGACCAAGGUAUUAAGUUACGGAUUCGCAAGGAACCUCGGGCACUGCUGAAACGGCCAAUGCCGCGGCCUGAAGAGUACCCUACUCCUCUUCCUCCGCGUUACCCUGAAAGACCAAGUUCAGGCUACCCUGAAUGGCCGACAUCAAGCGUUCAAAGCGCACCGCCUAUGAACGCUUAUGCGCAACCGGAUCGUGAGUACGCCUCGUACUAUGCUCCAGCCCCCAAACGGCAAAGAAAUUCCGUGGACUUGGGAGCCCGAACUUUUUAUGGACCAGAUAUGACUAGGGGAGUUGGGCGGGGUGUUGUUUACGACACAUGACAAGGAGAGGGUAUUUUGGAAUUUGAUUGCAUACACACACAGAGAGAGGGAGAGAGAUAAAACUCGCCGUGUAUAUAUUGCUAUUAUUUUUACUCGCUCGAACCA